AUGUCCUGGGUCGAAGAGACCCUCAUCAAUGCCUUCUGUGGCGCGAGAGACGCCGCAGCGCUGGAUGCCGCACAGAUGGGAGCGCUGUCGAAUGGGAGCACGGCUGCCGCGGCCGCUUCGGCCUGCCGUGCAGCGUUGGCGCGCGGUGCCGAGGCGCUUGAGGACGAGCUGCUGCGCUGGCCGCGCGGCGCUGCGCAAAGUCUCGUUGCGCAUGCCGCGCGGGCCGACGACGGCGACGCGGUGGCCGUGUUGUGCCGGGUGGGUGGUGCAACACCGGAGGCGCUGCGCGAAGCCUGUGAAUCGAACGCCUGGAAAGCGGCCGCGACGCUGCUCGUGUGCGGGGCCGACGCGACCGGUGCUGCUCAUGUAGCAAGGCGCUGCGGCCACGUUCACCUCGCAACGGCUCUCGACGCGGGCCUCGACGCCCAACUCACGAAUGGCGCCACCUUGCGGGCCUACGCCUCGAGACGGGGCGACGGCUACGCGCUCGCUGGGUACUGCGCCGCCGCGCGGAACCGCAAUGUGACUGAUCGACGCAUCACACACCGUCGGCCGGCGCCGCCGCUCUUGGCAGGCGUCACUCCGGCGGCCGGCGGCGCGGUGGACGCGGCCGAGGCGUACGAGCUCGUCGUGGCGACGACGACGCCUUCUUCUGGCGCCAAAAGAGGCGACGUGGUCGCGCUGCCCUGCACCAUCGGCCGCGGCGGCGACCUCGAGCUGCGCGACACGUCCUGCGUCGUCCGCGUCGUGGCGCCGGCGGUCGUGCCAGCGCCGGGGGAUUUGCAUACGGUGCACGUGCGGCGCGAGGGGACGCGGCAGAAGAACUCCUGGGCCGAACCGUCCAGACGUCAGGCCGUCGCCGUCGGGGACCGGGCGGUGCCGCGGGGCUGCGGGGCGCGUCUUGAGGUGGGGACGACGCUCCGCGUCGGAAAGACGACGUUUCAGCUCCGCGCGCGAACGGCGCCCGCGCCCGCGCCGCCGCCGCCGCCUCCAGCGCCGCCGGCCCCCGCGGUUGCCACGGUCGUCUCCGCGCGGCCGACCACAUCGGAUGCCUACGCGCGGGCGCUAAUCGAGCGCGCGGGCCGCGACAUCGACGCGGAGCGCGAGCGGCUGCGCCAGCGCCUGGCGGCGGCCGCCGCGCCCGAAGAGCCGGCUGCGACCGCGCCUCCAGGCGCCUCCGACGCGGAGCGCUGGCGCCUGCGACAGCGCCUCGCCCACGAACGGCCGGCGGCCGCGCCCGCCCCGGCAGACGACGGCCACGUGCGCGUCUGGGAGCUCGUGGCGCCCAAACACGACACGGUCGGCCUCGGCCACGUCGCCGUGCCGACCGGGCCUACUUCGUAUCGCAUGCCGGGCCGGCGCGCGGCCGAGAUGGCGCUCGCGCGGCAUCGCUACGACCGCGGACCCACAGCGUCGGCGCCGCGGCCCGGAGGUGUCGCGUUCGUUCGCCCGGCAGCCUUUGGCGUCGAAUUGAACGAGGAGGAUUCCGGGCCGUCGGACCUGCCGCCGGCUCCGACGCCCUUCGAGCUCCGGCCGGCGGCGGCGAAAAAGCGCCGCACGUCGUCGAACAAGCGCGUCAAGUUUUCCGAGUAAAUGUUGUUGUCCUAC